GAAUACAUAAAAAGGAGUAUCAAGAGGCCAUCACGUGGAUGCAGGAAAAGAAAAAUUUACAAAUUAGCGAACUUCGCUAUAAACGCCAAUCCGAAUUUAAAGAGUCUCAAAUACAGCAUUUCUUAGAAAGGAUAAAGAUUCAAGAUGAACAAAUUGCAAAACUGGAUGAAGAUGUGCUACUUUUGCACAAAUCCGUUGAUACUAAUACAGUGUCUAAAGAAGCUCUGACAGAGCCAGAAACGAAAUCUGCUUAUCAGACAUACUCAAAAAUAAACAGUAGAUCUGUUGAGACACAAACAGAUCUAGAAGUGAUUCCGGUUAAGGAUAACAAACAAGAGCUGGUUAACAUUAAGUGUGAUUUGCUGAGAGCGCAGGAGGUUUUGAAAGAGAAAGAACACGUUAUUGAUCAGCUGAAGAGUAAGAUGAAAAAGGAAAUAAUUAUAAAGUAUCAAACGCUAUUGAAAGUCGACAGAGACAAGCAUAGUUUAGCAGCUGCAAGUUUGCAAGAAGAGCUACAAAAGCUGAAAGCCUGCCUUCUGGAGGAAAAGCAUAAGAAUGAAAGUCAGAAAGAGACAUUUGCAAAACAGCAACCCAAUAGAGCUGCUUUGGAACAGUAUAUUUCACAGGUGCAUGCACUGGAAAAGCACACCUCAGAGUUGCAUACCAAGAUAUCAAGCUUGGAAGCCCAACUUCAAUCCAGCAGAGAAGAGAACGUGAGGUGGAUGUCUUUGGCCAAUGACAGACUCAAAGCCAUGGAGGAACUGCGAAACAGGUGA